AUGUCAGAAGAAAACUUUAAAAAGCCGCAAGACACGAAAGAGGAUGACACAGAACUUCAUGCACAACAUUUGCUGUCAAAGAACGGACAAACUUCUGAAGAGUCCGAUUCGGGACUGGGAUGGGUUAUUGUUUUCGCGUCCUUCUUUAGCCACGCCAUGUUCUUUGGGAUAAAUCUAUCAUUUGGUGUGAUAUACGUAUUUCUUUUGGAAUACUUCGACAUGAAUCGCGGAGACACAGCUUGGAUUGGCUCAAUUCCAACGGGUCUCCUCAGUAUGGUAGGAAUUGGUCUGGGUCUGAUGCUCUUACCAUCCAAGGUGGUAGUAAACCAGUACAUGAAGAAACGUCGAGCUCUGGCUAAUGGUAUAUGUGCCUCGGGAUCUGGCGCUGGAACGAUUGCCUUCUCAGCAAUGUUCCGAGCUCUCAGAACUGCCUACGGCUUAAGCGGCAUGUUUCUCAUCUCUGGAGCGGUUGUAUUAAAUGCAGCAGUUUGUGGAUAUUUGUAUCGUCCCAAGAAACAAAGAAAGAGAGCCUUAUCACCUGCACCUGGAGGCAUUUGGACGGGGUUGAAGACAGUUGCUCUGGUAGGUGUGGUGGGUCUUGAAAACCUAAGCAAAGCCCUGGGUCUGAUGAUGUUUCUACAAGGAUUGUCUGGCUUCAUAAGUUCCCCGCUAGCAGCCCCAGUGGCAGGGAUCCUCACGGACAAAUAUGACUGUCGUGCUGUUACGAUAAGUGGAGCUGUCAUUGCUUCUUCAGGAUUUGUGAUCAGCUCGUUUGCAACAAGUAUUGACUACCUCUAUAUCAGUUAUGGAGUUUUAGUAGGAAUUGGUCUGGGUCUGAUGUUCUUACCAUCCAAGGUGAUAGUAAACCAGUACAUGAAGAAACGUCGAGCUCUGGCUAAUGGUAUAUGUUCCUCGGGAUCUGGCGCUGGAACGAUGGCCUUCUCAGCAAUGUUCCAAGCACUCAGAACCGCCUACGGCUUAAGCGGCAUGUUUCUCAUCUCUGGAGCGAUUGUGUUAAAUGCAGCAGUUUGUGGAUAUUUGUAUCGUCCCAAGAAACAAAGACAGAAAGCCUUAUCUCCUGCACCAGAAGGCGUGAUUCAGUUCAGUGAUUAG